GCCGGACCCGGGCACAUCCCCCGGAGCCAACCGGACCCGCCGGGCCCCUACCCGCAGGCACCCAGGUGGGCCCAGGGAACUGCCCCUUCCUGUCCCCUGCACCGCGCGGGUCAGACCUGGGUACCCCAGAAUGAGGAUGCCCAUCACGAUGCUCUGCCUGCCCCUCGUGUGGCUGCUGGCCACAGCCACGGCCACUGUCACUCUGGUGCCCGCGCCGGAGACCUCUCCCAGCGCACCGAAGCUGCUCAUAGAGUCCCCGCUGCCACCGGUGCCGCCCCGUCCUGUCCCCGCACCACGGGGGGACGCGGGGGGCCCUGUCCUGCUCCCCAGUGCGCACCCCGAGCUGCUGCCUGCCCUGGCUGCAGCCCCCCAGGACACAGACCCCCCCAGCCCCGCAGCGCCCGAGGGGGCACCCCUGGAACCGGGUUCCACGGCCACCGGGAGCUCCGCAGCUCCAACACCCGGCAGCACCAGCGGCAGCCCCGGCCCCAGCGCCCCGCCGUGCCCUGGGGACGAGGAACCGGCCGAGGACUGCGGGAAGCCCACAGAGGAGCAACGUGCGGCCGUGUCCGAGGCAGUGGCCACCUUCGCCCUCCGGUUCUACCAGCGCAUGGCGGAGGCUGCGCGGCCCGAGGCCAACCUGCUCUUCUCCCCCAUCACCGUGGCCAUGGGGCUCUCGCACCUUUUGCUGGGUGCCCGUGGUGAGACCCGGGAGCGCCUGGCCGCCGUUCUGGCGUACCCCCCGGGGCUGAGCUGCGUGCACAGCGCCCUGCGGCUCCUCAGCACCGCGCCCGGGCUCUUCUCUGCCACCCAGAUCUUCCACCACCCAGACCUGCACCUCCGGACUCGCUUCCUCAAUGAGUCCUGGCGCUUCUACAACACCCGCCCGUGGGCGCUGAGCGGCAACGAGAGCCUGGACCUGCAGCGCAUCAACGCCUGGGUGCGAGAGGCCAGCCGGGGGCUGCUGCCAGAGCUCCUGUCCACGCUGCCCCCCGAGCCCCAGCUGGUGCUGCUCAGCGCUGUGCACCUGCAGGCCACCUGGCGCACGCCGCUGGAUGUGAAGCAGACGGUGUCGCUGCCCUUCCUGCGCCCUGGGCACCCCCCGCGCCUGGUGCCCACUAUGACCAGCAAGAAGUACCCGGUGGCCUCUUUCACUGACCCCCAGCUGCAGGUCCAGGUCGGCCGUUUGUCGCUGCGGGGGGGGCUGAGCCUGGUGCUGCUGCUGCCGCUGGGGCCGCCGGGGGCGCUGGGGGCGCUGGAGCGCGCGCUGGACCCCCCCUCGCUGCUGCGCCUGCUCCGGCGCGCGGCCCGCGCCCCCCCCCGCGCCACCGCCCUCGCACUGCCGCGCGUGCGCCUCGACGUGCCCCUGGACGUGGUGCCUCUGGUACACGACAUGGACUUCGGGCUGUUCCUGGACGCGGAGCUGUGCGGGCUGGCGCGGGGCGCAGCGGUGGCCGUGGACGCUGCGCGGCACCGCGCGGUGCUGGCGCUGGACGAGACGGGCGUGGAGGCCGCGGGGGCCAUGGCCACGUCGGUGGCGCGCUCGGCUCCGCUGCUGGAGGCGCUGCGCCCCUUCCUCUUCGUGCUCUGGCACGACAGCGCCGACGUCCCCGUCUUCAUGGGCCGCCUCAGUGACCCCCCGCCCUGACCCCUGUCCCUCCAUCCAUACCUCCCUG